GGACUGUCUCGGACCCCUCGGACCAUCCAAGCUCUCUUCCUCCUCUUCAGUUCUCAACAUUGUUGACAAUGUAACUUCGCCUAGACGUUAUUAUUUUGGAUAUACUGGCACUUCAGUUAAAUUGUCACUUCGCCUCGUUUAAGCUGGUCUUGUGAGAUGCUGCAUCUUUCAUGAGCAACCCUCUAAAUGGCUGAUAACAAUAAAGAGAACAGGGUCUCAAGCCCUCAACUCGACUUGCCAAGCAAGUCUUCGCCAACAGUUGCAAGGAAACAUCGAUCAAACCCAGAUGACGCUUCGGAAGACUGUUCCUCGUCUUCGGACGAGCUGAUGAUCAACGAGGUCGCUGGACCAAACGGAAAGGCACGCAGGCAGCGGCGGAUCAAAACCAAAGAUCUGGCCCAGCUCUUUGUUCAAGAAGGACUGAACGAGGUUGAGGAUGAAAUCGAGGAGCAAUUGGACAGCAAGGCCAAGAAGAGCAAACUCACUAUUGGAAAUGUCAAGAAUAUUCUACGACACGUGAUAUCAAAUCAGCACGUCCUUGCCAUGGUCAAGAAGUCAAUGAGAGAAGAGGGAGAUGGAGGCGGCAGCUCAGACGAUGAGCAAUUUCCUUACGAACCAAAGCUGACCAGAGCCAAAACCAAAGAGCUAUUGAUGACAAAGGCGCCCAUUCCUUGGUCUGUGUCACCAGUUAAAGUGACCCCAGGCUCUGCAACAAAGCAAAUGAUUGACCAGGUGCAGGACGACUCUACGGAUGAUGAGGAAUACCAGCCAAAUGAGGACGAAGCAGAAAUUAGUGAUGAAGACUGCAACUCAUCAUUAGCUAGCGACAUUGAGCAAGUGAUGACUCCAAAUCCAAUGACACCAAAGUCAAACGCUGACUGCAGCACGCAAACAAUCUGGACUGAUGAUGGUCUCUUCAAGAUGCCAAACAGCAACUUCGAGUUGAUGGAAAAUAUUGGAAUGAGGACUAGAUCAAAGGUGUCGUACACAGACACACCUCUGGAGGUGUUUGAGCAGUCAUUUAUUCCUCCAGACAUCACUGAAGAUAUGUAUGAGACCGAUUGCGACAAUGAAGACUGGAAACAAUUCUUGCAUCUCUUUGUCCAGCCUAUAAAUAUUGUAAAUGACAUUCCUGAUGAUGAUGAAGCUGAUCCAGAGUACAAUGUUUUGGAAGAUCACGAAGCAGUUGACCAGGAAGAACUUCGAGCUGACAGGGCUGUAAAAGUGUCGAAAAAGGAGGUGAAUGAGUUGAUUUCGGAACUGAGGGAUUAUAUGGCGAGUGAGGAAGAAAAUGAGGCAGAUGCAACGCAGACUGAUGGUGUACCUGAUCCUGAAAUUGAAACUGCUGAAGCCGCGAGCGCAUUGCCUGUUGUGUACAAUAGUCCGCAAGUGGUUCAUCUCAUCCAGCUGUCCCCCAGCAACUUUUUGAUCCCUGGCACUCCACCUUCAAUGAGACCAGCGACCAUUGAAACAGUUCCAGCUCAACAGGAAGAAGUGGUCCAGCCCGUCGCUGCUGAAGCAGAGCAAACUGUUGCUGAAGCUCUGUAUGUUCCGGAACCAAUUUUUGAUGUCAACCAAAGAUUGUUGCUGAACCAGCAAAUGAUGCAGCAUGUCCAAUUGCUUGGACAACACUACAUGCAAAGCACCAUCAAUCCAGACAUGGCGCUACAGGCUACAGAGAUGAAGGAAAACCUAUUUGUGCUCAGAAAUCUUGGAGGAACAAACCCUAAAUCAGGGUUCUAUGCCCAGAAUUUGGAUCUGAUGCUUGAAACUGUAGAAAAGUGGGACAAGUCCAGGAAGACAGAGCAGGUCAAGAAGGAAAUGAAUCAGUUUUAUCUCCAAGAAAAAUCAAGGUGUGAUAGUUUUAAGAAGUCGAAGCUCCUGUAUCGCCCCAGCUUAAACGUGCAUUUCAUGAAAGCUCUCUGCUCAAGUGCUGCGUUUGUGUACCCUGCUCUUCUGCCCAACUGCGGAUUCAACCCUUAUCCAAUGCAGAAACACCAAACCUUUUUUCCAUCAGAAGACUUUCUGAUAUCACUUGGUCUCGAGCAGUUUUUACCUCACCUGCAGGAGGAGGGUGGAGAGAAAAAGGCAACUUUGAUGAACGCCAGUCAGCUGAUUGGCGAAUUCAUGCUUCCUGUGAAGAGUGCUAGAUCAAUUUACCACCGCAUCAAGUUGGCCAGACGAGAGUUGCCAGACAAUCCUAUUCACGUGUUCUUAACUACAAGUACAACCCCACAGCUGGUUCAUCAAGUGUAUCCUGUGGAUUUCAUCACUCCCUCACAGCAACCUGAGAGUGCACUACCUCCUACUUGGAAAUUGUACAUUCAUGGAAAGAACAAUUAAGUCUGUUCAUUCUUAAGGCUGACUAAAUUAGAUUAUUUUGUAAGUUCAAAAAAGAAUAAAAAAAUGUUGGAACUUC